AUGACAUCUGAGUCUUCGAAAUCCACGCCCCGAGGAGCCAGUUUCAGAAUAAAAAACUUUCUGAACAAGAGGAAGAGCCAGUCAUCCGUGUCCAGCGCAGGCUCCAUGCCUUCCAAGAACCCAAGGCCGGAAUCGAACGCCGAUGUGAGCCCUACAGGCUCGUUUCUGGUUCUUCCCACCAUCUCGCCAAUUACCCCCAACGACUCCAUAUCGCGACUCAAAUCGAGAAUCAAGGAGCACACAAGACCCGAUAGCGAAGAUGACGACGAUCUGGACCUCGACGAAAUAGCGUCGACGUCGACCAGAUCCACCACCUCCGUCACAAACCGCACAAGUCGGUCGUUGAAGAAGCUCGCGUCGCACAAAUCAGACAGCUCCGCGGGCGCACGGUCCACCACCAAACCCAAAACCGGCACGGGGAUUUUGGAAAGUCUGAUGCACUCCUUCAAUCUGAGGUCCCAGACAAACUUGCACGAGAAUCCACCAACUCUGAGCCCUUCAGGCGAACAGGAACGCCACCAGAGCCCGUCUCCCGUCGAGAACAUUGAGUUCAAGCCCAUCAAGACCUCUGUGCUCAGUUCUCUGGGCAAAGGCUCCUUGACCCUGGAUUAUUUCCCCAAACCCGCCGGUUCCGAAACCCAGGAGCCACCGUUUUCUGCCAUUGGUAGCGACAGCACCAACCGAACAAAUGCCAACACCCUUGUUGAUCCGCCAACAACGACCACUCAGCCAACGUCCCCAAAUACCAACACGCCCGUGGAAGAGACCCCAAGCUCUUCCCGAAACCUGACCGUCGCCAGGAGGACGCUCUCUCCGACCUCGAUCAAAAAAUCGGUGAGUGCGAAUGCGCUGUACACGCUGAGCUCUCACAACAAUAGCAGCAUUCUGGACGAGGAAGGGGCCACCCACAACAGACGUUCUAGACAGCCAAGAGAAAGACGGCGACUUACAGUCAGCGACACUGCACAGCUGAGCCGCCACACCACAAAUAUAGUAGACAACGAAGAGGAUCUCGAGGCUCGCAAAAAACGGCUUGCGGAACAGCUGGACAUAAAGCUCCCCAGCCAGAAGCGACAAGACUCGUUCCAUCAGAUGUUCCCUGAAAUUCCGCCAUCAGAAAUAUUUAUUGAAGACUACACAUGUGCAUACCGCAAAGACGUGCUGAUCCAUGGCCGUCUGUACGUGAGCGAGAACCAUCUCAGUUUCCACUCGAACCUGAUUGGACUGAUUACGCAUUUCACCAUCACGUUGAGUAAAGUGCUCACCAUCAAGAAGAAGAAAACCGUUGGUAUCCCCAAUGCUUUGGAGUUUGGCACUUUGCAUGAUAAAUACACCUUCGCAUCGUUUAUUUCCAGAGACUCGACGUACGAGCUGCUGGUGAAGAUCUGGUCGUCGUUGCUCUCGGGCUCAAAUCUCAACACCGUGGACCUGGACUUCACCACGUCCGAGGUGGACUCUGACGAUCCCGAGUCUGAGGAGAGCGAUGACCCUGAAGCGGUGAAAAUGUCUCGUCACGGAACCAUGCCAAGCAAAACGAUCAAGACCACAAAGGAGUCUUUUCCUGACUCUGGAAGCGACAGUGAUGUGUCCGACAAGGAGAACAUGAUUACAGACGACGAGCCAGAAUUCAACGAUAACUCUGAGAGCCGCACAUUCAGAGGAAUACCCUACGACGGCCCUUUGCAGCACGAGCCCACCAGCAAUGCGUACUCUUCGGAGUCGGGUGACGUUGAGAUUGUUAACGAUAUGAUUCCUGCGCCUGUCGGGGCAGUAUAUUCGCUUUUAUUUGGCCACGAUACAACGUUCUUGAAGAAUCUUCUAAAAACACAGAAAAACACAGACAUCUCGGAAAUCCCUGCCUUUGACGAGACGACGAAAAAGAGAACAUACUCGUACACGAAGCCGCUCAAUGGCCCCGUUGGCCCCAAACAGACCAAAUGUAACGUGGAGGAAGAAAUCGAGCGCUGCGAUCUCAGCUCGAGCUGUCUGGUGACACAGAUCACAGACACCCCGGACGUGCCAUCGGGUAACUCUUUCCGUGUCAAGACACGGAUCUAUCUGAGUUGGGGCGAGAACAACUGCUGCAAAAUCUACAUUGUGACGUCCGUUGUCUGGAGCGGCAAGUCGUGGAUCAAAGGCGCUGUGGAAAAGGGAACCAUUUCUGGACAGAAGGAGUCCUUGGGAAUUAUGGUGAAGGAACUGAAGAAGCGCGUGGAGGCUGAAACUCCGGUUUCUGUCUCUAUCAAAAAGAGAAGGUCGAUCUCUGAUAAGAAGCGGAAGGAGGUCGAGGUGCGCGAGGAGCUUCCAGCGGUUUCGCAAACUCCUGCACAGCCUUUGUUGAAAGAGAGGAUUAUUGCUCAGCUCGACCUCAAGACGGUGCUUUUGAUAGUUUUGAUCCUCCUGGUUCUAUGGGACAAGCUCACAGGCCCUGAUGCUGAACGCAGACACAGGGCUCUCGACAACCAGAUAUACAUGACGAGCGAAGCAGACCUGUGGAACUGGAUCGACCAGCGCCAGAAUGGAUUGUCUACCAACCAGAACCUGGAAAUAGGUGCCCAGCAACUGAACGAGGUAAUCAAGGUGGUGGAGAAGCGACUCGAUGGCCUGAAGAGCUCGGCCAAUAAAUAG